AUGGAACGGGGGAGAAUAGGAAGAGCCGUCGAAAAGCAAAACGGCCCUGCCGAUAGGGAUAAUGGUCCGAAGAGAGCCGAGACAGACUGGAACAGGCCAGGCUCACUCGUCGGUGGCAGAAGCCUGGAGCCUGGGGCCUGGGGGCCAGCACCAGCUGCCAGCUGCCCAGAGACAAGAGACCAGACCAGAGGCCAGAUGCCAGAUGCCGCAGGCCAGAUGCCGCAGGCCAGAUGCCGCAGGCCAGAUGCCGCAGGCCAGAUGCCACAGGCCACAAGCCACAAGGCAGAAACAAGUAAGCGUCGCAAGGAAGCGGGCCGGUACCGAAUCGAGCGAGGGAAAGAGCGCCCAAUAGUCGACCAGCCGAGCAAUGGGGCGGGCACACGGCAGGAGCAAAGGGAGACGUCUGGUGUGAACCCGCUCCGGACGGGGGUACGUAGAUGGACUGGGUUUGGUGCGGGCGACAUGGGGAAGCUUGAUGCCUGGUGUCACUUGGACUUGGAGGGAGGCAAGAUACUAGAUAUCGUACAUACUCCGUACUGCAAGGAUGAGACUGCCGUCUCGACUGCGACUGCUGGGGGGUCCGGACUCCGGGGCAUGAGAAACGCAAGGGUACCGCGAGGCAACCCGCAGGAGCGGAGGUACCAGGGCAGACAGAACCCGGCAGAUGGUCGUUGCAGAGCUGUUCAUGUCAUCCUGAGGAGGCGGCGACCGCGAGCCGCGUCCGCAAAGGACCUGGAGAUCGAUAGCGUUGACGCAUGCAAGGGAGAAGAGAGCGCGGCCCGGCUUGGCCCCCUUGGCGAAGCAUCAGCGCGCCGACCUCCCCUCCUUGGAGAAGCGGCGACCGCACGCGACCUGACUAGGGGAAGGACGCGGCCGUCGUGGGCAACCUGA